AUGUCAUACAGAGGAAAUAAAUUCAGAGACAUGAAAGAGAAGCAUGUGAGCACAGACAAGACAACCAAGAAACUGCAAGCUUACGGAUCUGCAAAAAGUGUGAAAAAGUACUUCCAAAGAAUCACCAAUUUCCUAAAAUAUAAGCAAUACAGCCACUGUUCCUGGGAAGCAGUCCAAAUGGAAUUGAGAACAUGGCUUAUAAUUUUUGGCAGUCUUAUGAGAAAACAUGUCAUAAAGAGGCAGAGCCAAGUAGUGCUUCAAGUCGUCACCUUCAUCAGUUUAACUGCUACUCAUGAGAGUUUGAAUACCCUGGGUCCCAGUACCACUCCCUACGUAUUAGAAGACUGC